AUGGCGUUUCGUGCUGUCGACGUGUUGCUGACCUUAUUCUUUGUCAUCGGCUUGAAAGCAGAACAGACCACGUUGGAGCAAGUUCCUGAGACGGAAAAAUCCAGCACGGGUUUGGAUCAUGAAGGAAAUGCCUGUGCUCGCACGGCUGGGUCCGAGAUCGAUGUUGAGGUAAAGGUUGUUGAUUCGACUGGCUCUAGUCAGGUUUGCCGAACACGGGAUGCAAGAAUGACGUCGUCAUCGAAAAAUAGUUUUUAUCAGGUGCGGCCAUUGACGGGUCGCGCGUUGGGUGCGGAAGUCGUCGGUAUAGACUUGAUGCGUCAGGAUUUUGGGAAUUCGUCCUUUUUUGCGCAAGUCAAAGCAGACAUUCGGAGACACCGGCUGUUGCUUUUCCGGGGUCAAAAGGGACUCUCAGGCGCGCGUCAAGUCGCAUUCUCAGAGGGUCUUGGCCGUGUCGAGAGUACGUUUUACAAACAUCCGCGCUCGCCGCACCCGGAUAUUUUUCGCGUAUCCAAUGACGAGCGGGAAGGAUGCACCAACGUCGGGAGGUCAGGCUGGCACAUCGACGGGACCUUCAUGCGCACGCCCUUUAUGUAUCAGACAAUGUACUUUGAUUCCGUUGCUGCGGGAGGAGACACUCUUUUCAUGCCAUUACGCGAAUUUUAUGCUACUCAGGACGAAGAGACGCGGAAGCGCUGGGCGACCUAUUGGAUGCUCACAGGUCGAAGAGCAGCGCCUAUUCACCCAUUAGUGUACCAGCAUCCCUUCCGUCAGGAUCCGACCUUGUUGUUUCACUGUGGCGAACCCUUUUGCAGCGGUUGGCUAGUCCUUGACGAAGACGAGGAUAGAUCAAGGCAGAGUGCUGUGUCAGAGGCGCACUUCGAGCAGCAGAAGAACUCAACUGAAGAAACAAAUAGGAGAACAAGUAUGGAUCAAGAAAAUACCGGAAAUAUGCCUUCCCACGAUGCUUUUGGUAGCAGCGCACAAUUGGUUGUACAACGUGGGCCAGCCCGCGAGGUGAAGCUGCCAGAAAGACCGAUGGUCUUGGCAUCAACCGACGUCCAAAACGAGAUCACAGAAGCUUUAGAGAGGGCAAUGGAUAGCGGCUUGGGGUUGCGUAUGCAGUGGGUGGAGGGGGACUUUGCGAUAAACGAUAACUUGGGUCUUGCUCACUACGCCUCACCAGGCACUCAAGGAGAUCGGCGGACGCAGGGCCUGCGGAUCUUGCAUCGCACCACGAUCAUUGGCGGCGACGAGACCGUUCCUCGAAAAGCAGAUGGUAGAGAGUCAUUCUUUGCCUGAUACAAUCCCGGUCAACUAUGCUUGCUGAGUUAUUAUAUGUAGAUUUAGAAAUGCAAAUGUAAUUUUCGUUGUUGCUUUUCAGAUGUGGCACUCCUGCUGUUGUUCAAGGCACCCAAGUGGUUU